UAAAUUGAGAUGGUGGAUUUCGUUGUAUCUAUUGUUUAAGUGGAGUUUGUUUUAUUUUGAGGCGUAUAAUUUGAUGUAUUUCUUUUGAAAUGAAGAAGAAAUAUUAUAAAUAUGAAGUGGUGUAGGUAAUUGCCGUGCUAGUGGCAAUUCUCAUACCAUGGGCUGAAAAGUUGUAAACGAUGACUACAAAAGAUGUGAUUACCAGGGACUCGUUUGCCCCACAAGUGGUGACCAUGCAUGGCGUGCGUCGGAACGACCAUGGUUCGCAGUAGGAUGGAUACGAUGCCCGGCUGCUCGUUUGACUCGCUGAAGGACCUGAACUCGAGGAUAUCGCACACGCACAGCAAGAAGGUGAUCAGGCAUGCUCUACGGCAGCAGGCGAAGCACCGUCGCAAGGCCGGCAGUCUGUCCGGGUCCUCGGGCGCUCUGUCGAGGAUCGUGGUGAAGGGCUACGCGUCGCAGCCAGAUGCGAAGGAGACGCGGAGUGCGACCGCGAAGCCGUCGACGAUGCGCGAGGUGCUGGCCUCCAUCCCGGGGUUCAGCCUCAAGCCGCGGCGGCGGACGAGCAAGAAGCUGUCCGCGGCCGCCCAGCUGGAGCAGACGAAGGAGGGCUGCAUCGACCUGGAGACGCCAGACUCGAUCCUGGUCAACACGAACCUGCGCGCCCUGCUCAACAAGCACACCUUCUCCAUCCUGCCGCCGCUCUACCAGUACAAGCUGGUGCAGCUGCUGCCCGACGUGGACCGGGCCGGGGUGCCCAGCCAGCCGGACGCCACCAUCAGGUUGAGCGCAUCAGGGUUGAACAAUGAGUUCUUCGCGCGGGCGUGCCACGAGUGGCGUGAGCGGCUGGCGGAAGGGGAGUUCACUCCUGAGAAUCAGAUGAAGCUGAAGGCAGAGGCUGAGAAGGAGAUGAGUCGUCUAGACCCAUGGAAGCUCAAGCAUUUUGAACCGAUCUGGGGUGCAAAGACCAGCAGCAUGACCCUGGACAGUUCCCCUCUGCUGCUGUCGUCCAACCAGCCGCGGCCGUCCUUGAAGACCACCAUAAAGCUGCGGCCCUCGACGUCGGCCGCGGGCAGCAAGCAGCAGGGCCGGCCGAUCCCGCGGCAGCUGCGCACGGUGGGGGCCAUCACGCGCGCCAUCACCAGCUAUCGGGAAGAGGCGGACGGGGGGGAGGCCCGGCCCGGGGCCGCCGGGCCCCCUGCGAACGCCCCGGAGAAGAGCGAGAAGCGGGCGAUAGACGCUGCCGGCGAGGAGGAGCCCGCCUUCCACAAGAAGCGGAAGUCUUCGAGCUCCGCGGAGGUGGCCGAAGUUGAUGUCCUUGGAGAGGAUGUUUUGCCAACAUCAGAGAGCGAAGCAGAGCAGAAUCAACGCGAUGUUGAGAGGCAGAUUGGUGAGCAAGAAGUCGAGUCUUCUGCCUUGUUGGAGAAUGAUGAAAGUUACAGCGGGGUAGAAGUUGGUGCCAGCGCUGACCAGAUCCAGCCGCUCAUUGACGAGAACAUCGAGGUUGGCUUGUCCGUGGAAUGCAGGUCUUCUCCGGAUGUAGCUCCUGUCGCAGAGUGUGGCCAGGAGUUACUCGGCGAAGUCUGCCACCAAGAGAAAAGUGUCGAAGCUAUGGCUCAGUGCCAGCUUCUGCCUCGGGAAGAGACUGCAUUUGAGACUGUUGAAGUGACGGUCCAAGAAAGUGUCACUGUAGAAGUCGGCAGCGAAGAGCCUUGUGCCGAGCAGGUUGCGCCAGCCACCGAUCACCAACCGGAUAACCUGUCGGAUGGCCAACCGGUCAAUCAUAACAGCGAUAUUCACCAACCGGACCAUCACCGGUCAGAUGAUGUUAAUGCAGUAUCAAACCUGGAAGAUGAAACCUGCAACAACAUUGUCGUCACCGCAAUAGAGACGGAGGUUGACGUGAAUAUCCCGUGUGAUGUCGGUGAAGGUCAUUCUGUUAGUUGCGUUGUCGAUGAACAUUCUGUUAGCUGCAUAGUCAAAGAUAAUAAUUCUCUCGAUUGUGUCGAAGAACAUUUUGUGGGUCGUGUCGUUGAAGAACAUUCUGUUAGCUGCGCAGUCAGUAAAAACGAACCGGGGGAAGUGAGUGAGGAGUGCUUCAGUUCGAACAGGGGUAAAGUUCCCGGUCAGGUGGACGAAGUGUCGCGUCGAGAAACCAAAGACAUCUGUGGUGAAGGCCACAUUAUUUUCAAGGACGAAAAAUCUCAGUUGGUCACGGGGGAGGACUUCCUGGUGCCGAACGACUACGAUGGCGACGCGGGCGAUUGCAGCGGCGACCACAUGAGCUACGAGCCCAAAGUGGAGCACGAAGACGACGUGAUCCACGAGAGCGCGAUCCUCCGUGGCUCGGAGUUCGUGCUGAACGGCAGGACGUGCUCGGGGGACGCCGCGAAGGACGCGGCGUGCUUCGAGGCGGGCGCGCCGCAGGGGAAGGCGGCGGACGAGGAGGAGGAGGACGCGGAGGAGGGGGAGUCCUUGUACGCGGUGGCCGUGGGGGCCAGUGACGAGUGCUGGGACGCCGUGGACUCCAGCACGGAGAAGCUGAUCGCGGAGGUGCCGAUCGUGGCGCUGGAGUCGGUCCCGGUGCCCGUGGCGCUGACCAUGGUGCCGGAGGGGGCGGGGGAUGAGGUGAAGGUGAUACCCAUGCAGGAGGAGCUGGAGGUGCGGCUGGAGGAAGGGACGUUCCCCGUGGCGGAGGAGGCGCUCUCCCUGGACUGGCCGUACGCCGUCAAGAUGGAGUCUGCGCUGGUGGCGGCCGCGCUCGGCUCGCCCGAGGAGAUGGAGGAGACGGCCAAGUGCAGCAAGCCCCAGUACUCAGAGUACUCCACUAGUCCUGGAGUCAAGCUGGAGCUGGAAGUGACGCUGACGCCCGAGGCGGUGACGGGAGCGGACAGCUCGGUCACCAGCUCGGUGGCCGCGGCGGCCUCUCUCCCGGCCGUGUCGACGGCUGGAGUGGCGACGGUGAUCCCACCCACCACCAUCGUGUGCCUGCCGCCGGCGGUGGGGCGCUGCUGCGUGCCCAGCAGCGUGGCGGAGACGGCGGCGGUCGCCAGCUCCAGCUCGGUGCCCUACCUGGCUCUCACCAGCACCACCCCCAUCCGAGCCCUGCCCGGCCAGCUGCCCAAGAGUCAGGCCAAACCAAAGCCUCCGAGAGACCCCUCUCAGGUGACGCCUGGAAGUUCUGGUCGUAAUUCCCGCUCGGCUAGCAAACCGCCGCCCGGCGCAGUGAAUUUGGAGCGAAGCUACCAGAUCUGCCAGGCCGUCAUCCAGAACAGUCCGAACCGGGACCAGCUGCGGUGUCAGUUGAAGCCGCCGCCAUCGUUGCUCGCGGCCGGUUCGAACGGCAACGCCCCGGGCGGGACCGGCUCGGCGUCGAAAAAACCGGACUGUUGUUUGCCGCCGCGCGCGACGGCUCAGACCCAGUACGGCCUGGUGACCUCGUCGCGCGGGGGGGGCCGUCGGCAAGCCGUUCACCCCGCCGUUACCGGCGCCCGGAAACUUCCCGCCCGGCCUGAACAAUGGGUUGGGACCGGCGCAGGUGCAGGGCAAAGUGAGCAGUUCUCGCACGGGCGUGUACCAGCAGCGCCAGCCGUCGCCGCCCGUCGUCGUGAGACACGUGUUCACCUCGUCGCAAGGCAUCCCGGUCUCUAUGGCAGUUUUGCCUCCGACGCAAGUGCCGGCCGCACCUGAGAUCGUGGACAACCCGGGUCACGUCGGCCAGUACAUCCUGGUGCAGCGCACUGGGGUCGGGGACCACCAGCCCUUCUUCGACCCCAG